AUGAGUGUUGAGGACAAUGUCAUUGAAUUUGAGCAACUAAUGCUUAUAUAUGACAUCAAUGAAGUCGAUGAGUGUAUUAUGAUCGAACUUAUUGGUAGAUUGAGAUCAUAUAUUGCUCAUGUUGUACAACUACAACAAUACCAUACCUUAAGGAAUAUUAUCAAGCUAGCUGAAAAGAUGGAGAGGCAUCAUAAGGUGUCUAGGUGGAGUGAUAAAUUGACAAGCAAUAGAGAGGCAACUACUAGUGCAAGUGGUACAGCUAGGAGCACUACAACUAACCCUAGAGGGGUUCG